GGCGGCGGCGGCGGCUUAAAGCGUGCGCGCCGGCGGCGGCGAGGGCGCGCUCACCUGGGCGCCGCUCCAUGGGCUCCGCCGCCGCGCACGGCGGGGCUGCGGCGCUGCGGGCCGGCCGGCGGGGCAGAGCCCAGGUGACCAUGCGGGGGAUUCGGGCUCGCCCGCCGCACGCUUCGGGGAGCAGGUAGCACACCAGGUGCACGGCGGAACAUGGACUGUCUCCUGCUUGUCGUCUGGACUUUACCUGUUGCGAUUCUCAGCGGCAGCUCCAUGCAAUUCCCGACCUUCCCGUGGCUUGGAAGCGCUGUAAAGACCCUUCAGCUGUGCUGCCUCUGUUGCAUGUCUCAUGCAGCAACUUUAACCAGUGACAGCAUCAAUGAAUUGAAUCAUGAUUAUGUGUUUGUGACACCUGUCAAAGUGGAUUCCAGUGGAUCAUACAUUUCACAUGAUGUUUUGCACAGUACUAGGAGAAAGAGAUCAACUCAGAGUUCAAAGAGUUCCUUGCACUACAAAUUUUCAGCAUUUGGACAGGAACUUCACUUAGAACUUAAACCUUCGACCAUUUUAAGCAACAGUUUUGUUGUCCAGGUACUUGGAAAAGAUGGAGUCUCAGAUUCUCAGGAACAUGAAAUUGAGCAGUGUUUCUACCAGGGAUUUAUAAGGAACGAUAGCACCUCUUCGGUAGCAAUAUCUACAUGUGUAGGCUUGUCAGGUUUGAUAAGGACACAGAAGAUCGAGUUCCUUAUAUCUCCAUUACCUCAGCAGCUAGCACAGGAGCACAACUACACGUCACCUGCUGGACACCAUCCUCACGUGUUGUACAAACGGACCGCAGAAGAGAAGGUGCACCGGUACACAGUAGAGUCCAAUCCCAAAUACUUUUCUUUUGGUCAUCACAGAAUUCCCAGUGCCCACAAGUAUCACGCUCAAGCGAAUGGUUACCACCACGGAAGGUUUCAAAAGCAGCAUUUUUGUGGACGUCGCAAGAAAUAUGCACCCAAGCCACCCACAGAAGAGACGUACGUUCGCUCGGAUGAGUAUGGGGCUUCUGCAAGGUACAAGAGAUCGUCUGCUAAAAUUCAGAAAAAUGGAAGUCUAAAUGUUGAAACCCUUGUUGUGGCAGAUAAAAAAAUGUUGGAGAAACAUGGCAAGGAAAAUGUAACAACGUACAUCUUAACAGUUAUGAAUAUGGUGUCUAGUCUGUUUAAAGAUGGAACAAUUGGAAGUGAUAUAAACAUUAUUGUUGUGAGCCUUCUUCUUUUGGAACAAGAGCCUGGCGGGUUACUGAUUAACCACCAUGCAGACCAGUCGCUGAACAGCUUCUGUCAGUGGCAAUCUGCGCUGGUUGGGAAGAACGGGAAGCGCCAUGACCACGCCAUCUUGCUUACGGGUUUUGAUAUCUGCUCUUGGAAAAACGAGCCCUGUGAUACCUUAGGAUUUGCACCCAUCAGUGGCAUGUGCAGCAAAUACCGGAGUUGCACCAUUAAUGAAGAUACAGGCCUUGGACUGGCUUUUACAAUUGCUCAUGAAUCUGGACACAACUUUGGUAUGAUUCAUGAUGGAGAAGGAAAUCCUUGUAGAAAAGCUGAGGGUAAUAUUAUGUCUCCCACACUCACAGGGAACAAUGGAGUGUUUUCUUGGUCUGUAUGCAGCAGGCAGUAUCUCAACAAAUUUCUCAGUACAGCUCAAGCUGCCUGCCUGAUUGAUGAACCGAAGCAAACAGGACAGUACAAAUACCCUGACAAACUGCCAGGGCAGAUCUAUGAUGCUGAUACCCAGUGCAAAUGGCAAUUUGGAAUGAAAGCAAAACUGUGCAACCUCAGCUUUGUAAAGGAUAUAUGCAAAUCUCUCUGGUGUCACAAAGUGGGUCACAGGUGCGAGACAAAGUUCAUGCCAGCAGCGGAAGGAACAGCUUGUGGAAUAAGCAUGUGGUGUCGAAGAGGACAGUGUGUCAAGUACGGUGAUCACGGACCCAAGCCCGUGAACGGCCAGUGGUCUGCCUGGUCCGAGUGGUCAGAAUGCACACGCACUUGUGGAGGUGGGGUCACAUAUCAAGAAAGACACUGCAAUAAUCCAAAGCCCCAGCACGGCGGUAAAUUCUGCCAGGGUUCCAGUCGUGUUUAUCAGCUCUGUAACAAGCAGCCGUGUCCAGCGGAUAGCUUGGACUUCCGUGCUCAGCAGUGUGCGGAGUACAACAGCAAACCCUUCCGGGGCUGGUACUACAAGUGGAAGCCGUACACUAAAGUGGAAGAGGAAGACAGAUGUAAAUUGUACUGCACAGCUGAAGACUUUGACUUUUUCUUUGCAAUGUCCAGCAAAGUGAAGGAUGGAACUCUGUGUUCUCCAAAUAAAUAUGAUGUUUGCAUUGAUGGAAUAUGUGAACAAGUAGGGUGUGAUCAUGGACUUGGUUCCAAAGCUGUAUUGGAUGCUUGUGGAGUUUGUAAAGGAGAUAAUUCAACGUGCAAGUUCUUUAAAGGCCAAUACUUGAUCCAGCACAAAGCUAAUGACUACUAUGCCGUGGUCACUGUUCCAGCAGGAGCGCGCAGCAUACAGCUCCACGAAAUGGAAAUCUCCACCAGCUACCUUGCAGUGCGCAACCUCAGCAAGAAGUACUAUCUGACGGGAGACUGGACAAUUGACUGGCCAGGAAAGUUCUCUUUUGCUGGAACAGUUUUUGAUUAUCAACGCUCUUUUAACCAUCCAGAGAGUCUCUACGCAGCCGGACCGACUAAUGAGACGCUGGUCUUUGAACAUACAAACAAAGUCCUACCAGCAAUUUUGUAUCCAAUUCAGUUGCUUUGCAAUAAGAUAAGGCUUUCCAGGGUUUGGACCUCAACUUGCUCCUGUAAUCUACAGAUCCUGUUACAAGGCAAGAAUCCUGGGAUUGCUUGGGAAUAUACAUUUUCCAAAACCAACAAUGAAAACAAGACACCUGUCAGAAAGCACAGCUACUCCUGGGUGACGGUGCAGUCGGAGUGCUCGGCUACUUGUGGUGGUGGACACAUUACAGCCAAAGCAAUUUGUUUAGAAGAUCAUCGUACACGAGUUAAUUCCUCCUUUUGUGGCCCAAGGACGAAGCCUUUAAGUGAAACAAAACUAUGCAACACUAAUCCCUGCCCAGCGUUCUGGUCAACAGGUGAAUGGAGCGAGUGCAGCAAAUCCUGUGGUGGAGGAGAACAAAGUCGUCUCAUUCAAUGUGUCCAGAAAAGGGCUUUCCAAAGAGAGGAGGCCGUGGCGCACUCCCUGUGUCCCGUCAGCACCCCUGCGCAGGUGCGGGUGUGCAACAGCCAGGACUGCCCACCCGAAUGGAGCCUUGGGCUGUGGUCUCAGUGCUCCAAGACUUGUGGGAGAGGUGUUAAGAAGCGGGAUGUCUACUGCAAAAGUACCGGUUCUCCCAGUGCUAAAAUCUUGCCCGAAAGUAUGUGCAGCAGAGACCACAAACCCGAAUCCCAGCAGACCUGUGUGCUAGGGCGCUGCCCCAAAAAUGAGCGACUCCAGUGGGUGAUCUCUUCCUGGAGUGAGUGCUCAGCCUCCUGUGGCCCAGGUGUACAAAAGCGAGAACUAAAAUGUGUCGAGAAAAGCAUCCAUGGGAAGUUGAUCACCUUUCCUCAGAGAAGAUGUAGAAACAUCAAGAAACCAAACAUUAACUUGGAAGAAGCGUGUAACAAGGGAGCCUGUCCAUCACAGACAGUGUACAGCAUGGUGUCUGGCUGGUAUUCCUCACCCUGGCAGCAGUGUACAGUGACAUGUGGAGGGGGAGUGCAAACCCGGAGCGUGCAGUGCCUGCGCCACGGCAGACCAGCGUCAGGGUGCUUGCCCCAUCAGAAACCUGCAGUCCUGAGAGCCUGCAACACCAACUUCUGCCCAGUCCCUGGGAAGAGAGACGAUCCUUCUUGUGUGGAUUUCUUCACGUGGUGUCAUCUGGUACCCCAGCAUGGUGUCUGUAACCACAAAUUUUAUGGCAAGCAAUGCUGUAAAUCAUGCACAAAGAAGAACUGAUAGCAGCGUGUUAUCUGAACCCUUCAGUGACAGCAUUCUCUUCUUCAAUUUACAUUGGAAUUAACUUUGCUUUGAGGCAAGACAUGGUGCCACAUAAACCACUGAUGGAAGAGACAUGUUUGCUGAGGGAACGUUUGAGGUGCAGUAAUUGCUGGAUAUGUUGAAAAAGGAAUGUUUCUUUUUUUUUCUUUAUUUGCUGACCUCGCUAAAGUACAGGGUACUCCAGAUCACUUGAACACUGAGACUCGAGGGGCAGUUCUUCGUUCUUUAGACGUGUCGUUUUGCACUGUUGUAUGUUUUGAGGAAGAAAUUAAGGUAAGGAAGCCUUUUCUGGCUAAAUUACCAGAAUGCAGAAGAGAUCGGGAGCUCAAGGAGGAAGGUUACAGCAUGGCAGCACGACAGAUCCCGCUACCGAAAGCAUUUCCUUUCUUAUUUCCUAUGGUACUAUGGUCCCAGGGUAAGGAAGGUGUUCACAGUCUCACGGAAGGACGCUCGCCCGCGGCUGUUGUUGGGGAGCACAACCUCACGCCUGGGGCCGCGAGGAGUCAAUGGUGCACUACAGAGAUACAUGGUGCUUCUCUUAGACUUGCUGCUGGAAAAGCAAGUUUUGAAGAAUUCAUUUUCUGCUUUGUGUGGAAACUCAGAGGUGGUUAACGAGUAACUUGAAACGUAUUCCUAGAAACAUUCACCAUUAGAAUAUUUGGACUUUUAAUAUUGCUGUGUUACAAGUAAAAUAGAAUUUCAUACUGCAACUAACUCAAGGAACUCACAGUUAUUGAGCUCAAUGGUUAUGUUUUCAACUUUCUAAACUCAUUAGAUAUGUAAUUUUGUAAUUUAAAGUUGAUAUUUUAAAGUAGUUUUCUCAGAAGCUAGGUCGUUGGAAUGCCGAGAUACUGAAGAAUGUCUUCCUUUCAAUCUUAAAUCUCUCUGCAAAUUUGAUUCAUCCAUUACCCAAAGGAAACAGCAAGAAUAUUGCAGUCCAUUAAUUCAUGCUAAACUUUUCUAAGUAGUUAUUUAUUCACACAGGUUAUAUGAAAAAAAGUGGAUGAUUUAUUCUAACUGAAUAAAAAUCAAUUCUAUUUUUAUACAUCCUCCUAAUAGUUUUAUUUAACUCCGAAUGCACCAACAAACAAAAGAACUGUAAGCAUAACGAUAUUUGUACCCAUUCAGUACUGAGUUUGGUGACACUAUAUAUCAAAUGGUACAACUUAGAAGUUUCUGCAUGGAAAGAACACCCGACCCAUUUGCCAAACCCAUUCGGAGACGGAGCCGCGUCCUGCUGUAAUUUCCUAUGAGGGGCAUAUUUAUCUAAUUCCACCCAAUCCCACAACUUUGUUUGAUGAAUGUAGUUCAGUUUUACUGGUUUUUUAAAGUAUCUUUUCAGGGUAAGAUUAGCCAGCUCAGCACUAAUACCAGACAGUGGGCACUUAAAAUUAGCAGUUCCUUUUGAACAAUUUAAAUUAAGAACAUUUAUUCUAUGAUACUUUAAGAAAUGAUGAUUGGAAACAUAUCUCAACCUACAUCGCUCUGUCUCAAAAUUGGACAUUGUGUAAUUAUAACCUUUUUUUCUAGGAAAACUACAAGGUUUUCCUUGUUUUGUUUUUGUAAUUGUGUCCUUUUUUAUUAUUUGAUGUAAAAUAAUUAAUUUAUUAAUGCAUAGUUUUUCCUUUAUAUUUCUUUGCUCACUUCCUUAAGUGACACCCGAGGACAGAAAAUGGGAGUGUCACAAAGUAUGAAUUAUGGUGUAAAAAAAGCAAAAAAUAUAAGUGUAAUAUUUAAUUAUUUUAUCAGCUUUGUAAUAAAGUACUCUAACUGUUUCAUUAUAUUUGGAAUUGUAAAAUUCAAGAAUAAAAUAUGGAGGUUAUAAGUAAAUAUCAA